AUGAGGGUGGCUCGGUCGGCUCGGCUGCAGGGCGACUCGGCGGCUCUGCAGCUAGGCGGUAGGCGGCUCGGCAGCUGGGCGCUUGGCGGCUCGGCUGCUGGGCGGCUCGGCGGCUCGGCGGCUCGGCUGCUAGGCGGCUCGGCGGCUGGGUUGCUGGGCGGCUCGGCGGCAGAGCGGCUGGGCGGCUCGGCUGCUGGGCGGCUGGGCGGCUCGGCUACUGGGUGGCUCGGCGGCUCUGCUACUGGGCGGCUCGGCGGGGCCGCAAAGGAGGCGGCGGAAGGGCCGCUGAGAGGGCGGCGUCCGGGGCCGCUGAGAGGAGGCGGCUGGGCCGCCGAGAGGAGGCGGCGGGGCCGCGGAGAGAAGGCGGCAGGGCCGCUGAGAGGAGGCGGCGGGGCCGCUUAA